AUGCGUGUUAAACUAAACAAACAGACGACAGACAGACAGACAGACUGUAAGAAAGGCGGUGGUCCUGUGUGGUCACAUGACUCCAUUGUGUCCGAAUGGUCUGAUUGUUUGAGGCACCUGCAGAUCCACCACAAACGCGAACCUCGAGAUCGGUACACUGACAACAACAAUCGUCCAGACAUUGCUGUCUUUGAUGCGGGCUCAGGCACCAAUGUAGAGUUUGAUGUAGCCUUGGCUCAUCCUUGGGCAAAAGACACACUGUUCCAAGCUUCUAAAAGGGAAGCAGCAGCAGCUGCAAACAGGGAGAACAGGAAGUUAACCAAAUAUAGUCAAGUCACUCUCCCCGGUGCGUCUUCCUUGACACUUGUUCCACUUGUAUUUGAGCAUUUUGGCCAUUGGGGAGAACGAGCCACCAGAUACCUACAGGAACUAUCAACCAGGUCGACGGAUGAUGAUGGCAAUAAGAAUGCUAAUGAAUUCAUGUGUUACUGGAGAAAACGAUUCUCAACAGCGCUACAACGUUGCAAUGCUAGGACUAUUGCAAAGAAACUAUCACACCUUUUAUCUAUGAGCUCCAGUAAUGUAAAGAACUAUCAUACUCAGUUUUGCGUACAUUAGUUUGUGAUGUGUAUUGACCCUAUUGGGCCUCUUGAACAUUCUAAAUAGUUUUAGUUGUAAUAGCAUUCAUUUAUGAAAAUAUAUGAAUUUUGACAGACAGACAGACAGACAGACAGACAGACAGACAGACAGACAGACACUGACAGACAGACACACAGACAGACAG